AGAGGGAAAGGGCAUACCGUUCUUUUCAAUUUUCUUCUUCAUUUCCCUCGUUUGAAUCCAAUUACUUCUCCAUUACUCCAAAUUUCUACUUUUUCUCAUCUGGGUUCUGCAUUUUGCCUCCACGUUUGGCCUUACAGAGCAAACCCAGCUGCCCAAUUCCAUAAACAAAUGGCUGCUCCGACCUCCUGAACCGCACAGUUUCCUCGGCUCGGUUUUCUUCAACCCUGAGCCCGCCCGCCGCUUACAAUCAAACCCAAUUUCGCUUUCUUUUCUUUCUUUUCGUUACAGUUUUAGUGAGCUUUUAGAAAGAGCUGCUCUUUGGAACCAUCUGGGGCUAUAAAUUCAAUUCGUACAACACCCAUUGUGCUUCCACCCUUCUCCUCCGGCUUCGGGAUUUGGGAACCCCUUGUCGGUGGCAGAUGUCUAAUAAAAAUGAUAUUGAGAACCCCAAUGCUGAGAAGGUCCAGAAAGGACCAGGAGCUUCUGCUUUAUCAGGUGAGAUCCCAUCAAACUGGUAUGCCGUUGUUCUGCAGCAAGUCUCAGUAUAUGGUGUUGCUGCCGGGUACUGUAUUUCCGCAUCCCUGCUUUCCAUCAUCAAUAAAUGGGCAGUCAUGAAGUUUCCUUACCCGGGCGCACUGACCGCCCUACAAUACUUCACUAGUGCAGCUGGAGUUGUUGUUUGUGGUUGGGCUGGAUUUAUCGAACCUGAUCGACUUGAUCUCUUGACAAUGUGGCGUUUCCUACCUGCUGCAAUCAUAUUCUAUCUCUCUCUAUUCACCAACAGUGAACUUCUCCUGCAUGCCAAUGUUGAUACAUUCAUUGUUUUCCGAUCAGCCGUGCCAAUUUUUGUCGCUGUCGGUGAGACACUUUUCCUGCACCAGCCCUGGCCAUCCAUGAAGACAUGGGUCUCGCUUGGUACCAUCCUCGGUGGCAGCAUCCUUUAUGUACUAACAGAUUACCAAUUCACAAUGACAGCUUACUUCUGGGCUCUAGCUUAUCUCAUAAGCAUGUCUAUAGAUUUUGUGUACAUAAAGCAUGUUGUUAUGACCAUAGGGCUGAACACAUGGGGUCUUGUUCUAUACAACAACUUAGAGGCACUUCUACUCUUUCCAGUGGAACUACUUAUAAUGGGUGAACUCAAACAAAUCAAGCACGAAAUAUCAGACCAAUCAGAUUGGCACUCCUUUGCGGUGGUUUUGCCCGUUGGAUUAUCAUGCUUAUUUGGUUUGUCGAUCUCCUUCUUUGGGUUCUCCUGUCGAAGGGCGAUUUCUGCAACUGGAUUCACUGUGCUCGGAAUCGUAAAUAAACUUCUGACAGUAGUGAUCAAUCUAGUCAUUUGGGAUAAGCAUUCGACACUCAUCGGAACUGUGGGGUUAUUAAUAUGUAUGUUUGGUGGAAUCUUGUACCAACAAUCAACAAGCUCAAAGCCGAAGGCGGCCGCAAAAGAGGUACUAGUACAAGAAACAGAGGAAGAAGAGCAACAAAAGCUACUUGAGAUGCAAAGCGUUUCAGAUAGCGGUAACGUCGAGAAGAAAGCUAGUCAAUCAGGGAAUGGGAAAUCAUGAAGUGAUUCCAAAUGGUAAUGCAAUCCUUAUAAGUCUCUCCAAAUUGUUAUUUCAGAUAGCGUUUUUAUAGAAAUUGUAUUUUGGCUGCAUUCUGGGUUUGAAUUCAUCAUUUUGUAACAUGGCAACUUAGUUUAUAAAAGGCUUCGCAUUUGAUGUAUAUCUUACUAUGUUCAUUGAAGUUGUUAUUUUUUUUCCUUUAGAAUACAGGUAUUUUGCUUGACACUUUUGCCAGUGUUUCUCUUGGCCAACCCAUAAUGUAGGAGGAUCUUUUAA